CUUAUACCACUGUUUUUGUUUGCGUCGUUCGUUAGUCGUGGGUUAUUGUUAUUAAUUAUUUAUUGAGAAAUCUGAAAAUUGUUAUCAAUGCCUUGAAUAACCAAUAAAUAGUGCUCCUGUGCUUGGGCCAUGAUGUGAAAAGAUAUAGUUUUGCUUAGCGAAAAGCCGAAAAAAUUCCGUGAACGCCAAACGCAAAAAAAAUAUCUUGAACAAUUCAAAUAUCACUUAUAGCCGAGCUCUUCGCACUCGCUAUCAAAAGCAUAACAAACUGACGGUGAGAGAGCGAGACGCAUAGAGAGAGAUUUGUUGUGUACCUACACCUCCGCUCUCAAGUGGUUUAAAAUCUAGCGGGAGAAAUAAUUGAUUGCAAUGAGCGACGGAACAGGCAUAGAGGAAAUGGAAAUCGGAAAGAUGUCACCCAAUGAUAAUGAUUCCAUCAAUCAGGAUGAACCGGCGACUGAGACUUCUGUGCAGGCACAGGUCAAGGAGUCGAUAGCGGAGUCCGGAGAACCAAAUCCAGAUGAAGAGCGGGAGGCAGAGAAACCACAAAAUGUGGUUGAUAUCAAUACGCUGACUCCAUCUACCCCUUCACAGACACCGCCACAGGAAACAACAUCGGCAACAACACCAACUACAGCAAAUCUAACUGUAGUGCCGGAGAAUAUAUUAUCGCCUCCAAAGUCAGAGACCCAAACAGAUGAGACAAAUACGGCCACUUCCACAUCCUGUUCGCCAGCUUCAGAGGGUCAAAGAUCACCAACAGUAGGACUAGGAGCUGGUGGUGGGGGUGGAGGUAGAGGAGGAGGUGAAGCUGUACAGAUGCCACCAAAACAAGCACCAGAAGAGCAGCAACAGCAAAAGCAGGAUCCUGCUAUCAUCAAUGGCUCCAUACCAAAGUCGGGUAGCAUCAAUAACAACAACAACAACAACAAUAAUAAUAGCACCAACAAAAAAACAAAUAAAUCAGCCACCACAUCCUCCUCAUCAUCAUCAGCAGCCACUACACAAUCACCACGAGCAUCUCGAACACGUAAACCCAAAGCCCUGCCCAUGUAUGAAAGCGAAAUAAGUGACAACAAAAUGGGCAUAAAAUUGUGCAUUAAAAAAUCAGAGACAACAUCAGGCGGAGAUGGUUCACCAGGUGUAACACCUCCAAUUGCUGUCCAACAAUCGCCAAGUGCUUCGAAACCAGCAAGGAAGCGAUCACGCAAAGUCAAGCCUCAGGAUGGCGAUGCGACCGAUUACGAGCCACGUAAAAAGAAAGGUCAAGGAGGAGGAGGAGGUGGUGGUGGCACAGCUGGCGAGUCAACAGAAGUCAAAACCGAGCCCAUACAACAAAGUGAAUGGGCCCAAAGAUUACCAGAAGAUGUGCUAUAUAGGAUAUUUGAAUAUGUUGUGGAUAGAGAGGGUUGCCUGCCCACUUUGUUCCGUUUGGGCAGAGUCUGCUCUCUGUGGCGUCAAGUCUCGCUAAGAUCUACCCUAUGGCGAUCAAUGGAUUUAACCACAUGCAUUAAAGAGAAAUAUCGCACCGAAUUGAAAUUGAAAUGGUUUGUCGAUAACCGUUGCUCAUCGUGUACCGAUUUAAAUGUAUCCAAUUGGAAAAUAACCGAUAUUAAUUGCUUCCUUACAAAAUUAUCUUCCGGUUGCCCAAAUUUAACGGGCAUCACUUUAUCUGGUUGGAAGAAUUUUACUUCAGAUCACUUGGCAUUUCUAGUAGAUAAUAUGCAGAAACUACAACGUUUAGACCUAAGCUCAAUUAAUGUGGAAAUGAAUGCUAGCAAAAGUGCUGUAGGUGUCAAUUCCCUAUGCAGUGCUCUACAGACCAUGGGCAGUCGUUUGACUCAUCUUUAUUUGGCUCACAAUCGUUUGGCUGGCAUACCACAAAUCGUUGGAAUACUUUCCACUCACUGUCCAAAUCUAAUGCUAUUGGAUCUCUCGAAUGUGACCACUCAGGCAACAUCGCAUGGUGUUUUGCAUAUUGAGAAACUGCAGCAUGGCUGCCAGAAACUUAAAGUUCUAAGAGUGACCAAUUCACAUAUAACACCAAGUACAGCCAGCAUGCAGGAGAUUAUGGAUUCACCUGGUUUUCCCAAUCUUGAAGAGCUUUCAGUGGCUGCCCUAACCGAUGAAUCGCGCAUUAUCAGCGAUGAUCAUUUGCAGCGCAUAGUGAAAAGCAGUUCCAAGCUAAAGCUAUUGGAUGUUCGCAAUUGCACUAGAUUAACGCAUGAGAGUUUAAUACGUUUGCCAGCUUGGGAUAUAAAGCAUUUAUUUCUAUCCGGCUGCUCGGUGACCAGAGAUAUGGGAUCGGGCCUUGAACUCAUUGCCUCGAAAUGGGCUCAUAGUCUUAUUGAGUUGGAUUUGGCCUGGGCAAAUGUUCAACAACCUUUGGAUAAUGCCCUUAGAGCUUUGGCUGAAAAGGGCAGCGAAUCGCCUAUGGCUCACUUAAAUCUCUGCGGUUCCUCGGUAUCGGAUGAGGCAGUCAAGGAUAUUCUCAUCAAUUGCAGAAACAUGAGUUCAAUCAAUUUGGCCUCAUGUCGCGGUCUGCCGCGUGGUGUUAAACGUUUAAUGCAGGGUCCACAGGAGCUACAUGAAUUACGUGAAGUUCUGGGUGUGCAAUUAAAAGACAGAAGUGGAAGUGAUAGCAAAAACUAAAACCAGUUAGUCAUAUAUACAAACAAACACACACACAAGUCGGUUUCUUUUCAGUUAGUUGUUGUUUGAGCGCUACUAGGCGAAGGGGAAAACCUUCUCGCAUCUUUAACUGUAAUUAAAUUGUUGCAAGUUCUAUUCUAAACAAAAACAAAACAAACAAAAAACAAUUAAAAAUAACCGUCAAAGAAACGUAAACACAGAUUUAUGUUGAUAAUUUAUAUAUGUAUAUCAACAAUUUCCAUAAGAGAAUUGAGGUCACAUAUAUGCAGAUAUUUUUUGUCUUUCCUAAUCCUCCAAAUCAUUUGCAGCUUCCAAUUUCCUCCGUCCUCUCCCUAAAUUUUCCUAUUAUAUUGAUUUAAAUUGUCGAUAUCCAAAUUGAAAACUUCUUUUAUUUUGAUCACAAAUUUUUGAAAUCGUCCAAGUUUUCAUUUAUUGAUAAACAAUUAGUUAACAAAGAUUAACUAAAACUCUUGGCAGCUAUAAUCUAUAGUUUAAGUAAUAUUUUCUUUUCAAUUUCUUCAUCUUCCUUUAAUGAAAUUGAAGCCUUAUAUAUUUUGACCUUUGUGUUAAGUAAAAAGUAUAUUUUUCCGAUCUGGAAUCGAUUCUUUCUAUAUAUUAUUUAGUAAUUGACGAUUUUUCCAUAUACUGUGUCUAGAAAUAUAAACCAAAAUUAAUUUAAUAAACUAAGUUUAGCUUUAGAAAAUCUCAUGUGCAAGAGAUCAAGAUCUCUUUCCCUUUUAUGACUAUCAACUGCAUAUAUAUAUAUUUGUGACCUCAAUAUUUUGUAUAUACCUUCAAAAAAGGAGGUAAUACAAUAUUAUCUCUCUCUAUCUCUCCAUGUAGACGUUGCAAUAUGUUUUUUCGUUGCAUCUUCCAAUAGAUUUGCUUAAUUUUUUUUGUUUAUCUAGGUCGUAAGAAAUUUGUAAGUAUAUAUACAUACAAAAAAGCAUAUUGAAGUAUAAAUUAGUUUAGUCAACUGGCAAAUGCGCACCAAUUUGUAAAUGCAAUAUAUACAUAAUUCUAUUAUACCAUAAAUUAAUAUUUUUUUUUACAAAAUUAAAAUCUAUAAAGAUUUAAUUAAGUUGAUUCGAAUUUUUGGCAUUCACAAUAAUAAAAGCAAAUAAAAAAAAAUGGUAUAAGAACAAUUGCAAUUCAAUUAUAUAUACAGAUAUAUGUAUAUAUAUUUUUUUAUACUGAAUUUCACUGUUAGUUAAGCGUGUUUUGUAAAGUUUAGUAGAUAAGUUUAAAACACAAAAAACAAAAAGGAAACAACCACAAUUUAUUAAAGAAAAACAUAAAUUACCUUUAUUUACAUAAUAACAAAUGAAAAAAAGAACAACAACAACAAAAGUAGUCGUCAAUUCAAAGUUUUAUUGAAAACGCGCUAAAUAAAUGGCAUAUUAAUUAAUAAUAAUAAUAAUAAAUACUGUAAAUAUUGGCGCUUUGUCUUAACAGAAAAAAGGAAACAAAAAUCAAGAAUAAAUAAUAAUAAACACAACAAACAAAAAAACAAAACAAAUUAAGUAUAAAUUUAAUAACAAUUGAAUUGUUAAGCAUUAUUAGCAAAUAAG